CACUUUCACUCAUCAGCAGCAAUGGUCUCGACGGACGCCGCCUUGUACAUCUUUGCUGUGAUUGUAUCAGCAGCACUGCUCUUCCUCAUGGUUUACUUUAUCAUCAUGUUCUCAGACCUCCAAUGCGACUACAUCAAUCCUGUCGACCUCUGCAACAGCCUCAACGUGUACAUUUUGCCUGAAGUCGGCCUUCAUGCCUUCCUGACAACGCUCUUCCUCUUCCGGCUGCAAUGGCUUGCAUUGCUUCUGAACGUUCCGCUUGUCGCGUACCACGCUCAUCGGAUUCAUAGCAAACGCUACUUGUACGAUUCGACCGAGGUUUUCCAAUCACUCGGAAAGCACAAGCAAGAGUCCUUCAUCAAGCUUGGCUUGUACCUUGUGUGCUUCUUUUACUACUUGUACUCCAUGAUCACCGCACUAAUUGCUCCGAUUUCAUCGCUGCGCGACCAUUAAAACUGCGCCACCAGAAAGCGUGUCGUCAGCGAGGUCCAAUAGCUCUCUAGUUGACGUCGACUAGAAUUUUUUUUUUUUAAAAAAAGAAAUGAGACGAAACUGCUGCAUGUUGGCUGUCUGUCCCUAACGUGUUGAGAACAAUCGAAAACAACAUCUUGCAACCAUUGUGUUUAUGGGUGUACCAGCC